AUGGACGCUAACUUCGCCUCCCGCUUCCAUGACUUGCAGUUAGCAGGACCCGACAUGCUGAUUGAUGGCUACGACCAGUACCCUCCAGAAAAUGAGGUUGUCAACAUCUCUCCCGACGAUGCCUCAGAAGGACCUGCAGAGACCCUUCCCCGGGCCGAUGACUUCGAAACGAUGAAGCGUCAUGUCCUUGUCGACCUACCUGAUGUCGAAGUUGAAGCCGAAGCAUAUCAUACAUGGCACAUAGAAAAAUGGCGGACCCUUUCCAGGAGAGAGCACGGCCCAGUCUUCGAGUGUGGCGGACAUCCUUGGAGAGUGCUGUUUUUCCCAUACGGAAAUCAGGUCGACUGUGCUUCCUUCUACCUAGAACACGGUUUCGAGAGCGAUCCUCCGCCAGACUGGUACGCCUGCGUUCAGUUUGCCCUCGUCCUAUGGAAUCCGAACGACCCAACCCUAUACCGCACGCACACCGCGACUCAUCGUUUCAACGCAAAAGAAGGCGACUGGGGCUUCACUAGAUUUGUAGAACUCAGGAAGGCCUUCCACCAACCGUGGGAAGAUGGGUCGAGGCAUUUGGUGGAGAAUGACGAAGCGAAACUGACGGCCUAUGUCCGUAUCAUCAAAGACCCCACCGGCGUCCUGUGGCACAACUUCGAAGGAUACGACUCUAAGAAAGAGACUGGCAUGGUCGGCUUGAAGAAUCAGGGCGCAACCUGUUAUUUGAACUCUCUUCUUCAAUCGCUUUAUUUCACGAACUUGUUCCGCAAAGCCGUCUACCAAAUCCCCACCGAGCAGGAAGCCAGCCGGAGCAACAGUGCUUGGACACUUCAGCGAUUGUUCUACAGACUUCAAAAAGAUAGGUUUGCAGUUUCAACCAACGAGUUGACCGCGUCCUUUGGAUGGGAUACCCGGCAAAUUUUCGAGCAGCAAGACGUGCAAGAACUGUCGCGGAUAUUGAUGGAAGUCUUGGAAAAGAAGAUGAAAGGCACACCAGCAGAACGAACGCUGCCCGAACUUUUUGUCGGAAAGACUAAAACUUACAUAUCAUGCAUCAACGUCGACUUUGAGUCCUCAAGGAUAGAGGAAUUCUGGGACAUCCAGCUCAAUGUCAGAGGCAACAAAAACCUGCACGAGAGUUUCAUGGACUACAUCCAGGUCGAAACUCUCGAGGGUGAGAACAAGUACGAUGCUGGUGAGCCUUACAAGCUACAGGAUGCUCGGAAGGGCGUCAUUUUCGAAUACUUUCCACCUGUCCUCCAUCUGCAGCUGAAGAGAUUUGAAUAUGAUAUCAAUCGCGAUGCCAUGAUGAAGGUCAACGACAGACACGAGUUUCCCGAAGAAUUUGAUGCAUCUCUCUACCUUUCGGACGAGGCCAAAGCGGCGUCGACGGAACCGUGGAUUUACCAGUUACACGGCGUACUUGUCCACAGCGGCGAUUUCAAUGCAGGCCACUAUUAUGCUUUCCUCAAGCCCACCAAGGACGGUCACUUCUACAAAUUUGACGAUGACCGGGUCACACGAUCAACCAUGAAAGAAGUGCUGGAAGAAAAUUUUGGAGGCGAGUACGCCAACGUCGCUAAUGGCGGCUUGGGACAACGCCAGCCAUACAUGCGAGGCUAUUCCACAAAGAGAUCCAUGAAUGCCUAUAUGUUGGUGUACAUCCGAAAGAGCAGGCUGGACGACGUCCUCCUCAACGUGAGCGAGUCCGACAUUCCUGCGCACAUCGAGGUCAAAAUUUCCGAGGAACAAGCGGAGCUUGCGAGGAAGAAGAAGGAGCGCGAAGAGGCUCAUCUCUACAUGAACGUUGGCGUAAUCACAGAAAAGAGCUUCCAGGCCCAUCACGGUUUCGACUUGACCAGUUACGACCUCGAACAGACUGAUCCAGCCGCUGCCCAAGUUUAUCGAGUCCUUCGUACGACCAAAAUCAGCGAGUUCGCUGCGACUAUUGCAGAGGAGCUUGGGCUGGGGUCUGAUCAAAUUCGAUUUUGGGCCAUGGUGGGUCGACAAAACAAAACGAAUCGUCCCGAUCAGCCUAUUCGUGAUGUCGAAAUAACCAUGGAAGAAGCAAUGAACAAGUACGGGUCGAGGGGCAGGCCGUUCUAUCUUUGGGCCGAGAAUGGGACUCCAGGAGACGACGGCAAAAUCCAGUGGUCAGAUCCCACACAAGCCGCGGGCGGCAAUGUCCCAAUUCUGGUCUUCCUCAAAUAUUUUGACGUCAAGGCUCAAACUUUGACUGGUGUGGGCCAUGUCUACGUCAAGAAACUGGACAAAGUGCAGGAAAUCGCACCCCAGAUCAAUCGGAUCAUGGGCUGGGAUCCAAGCACGCCGAUCCUCUUGUUCGAAGAAAUCAAGUUCUCAAUGAUUGAGGCCAUGAAGCCGAAGCAAACCUUCCAACAGUCCGAGAUCCAGGACGGCGACAUCAUCUGCUUCCAACAAAACCUCCCUGAUCUUGACCCGUCCACUGCCACAUACACCGAUGCGCGACAAUACUAUGAUUACCUGCUGAACAGAAUACCUGUUAGCUUUUAUCCAAAACCAGGCACUGAAGGAGAAGCCUUCGUGCUGGGUCUCAGCAAGAAAAUGACUUACGACCAAUUUUCUGCAAAGGUCGGAGAGCACCUCAAGGUUGACCCAACUCACAUUCGAUUCGCAACCAUCAGCGCAACUAACAAUAAGAUAAAAAUGUGGAUCAAGCGCGGGAUGAACCAUAACCUCCAACAAAUCCUUCAGUCCCAGUUUUCCUCCUACGGUGGAUAUGCCACUCAUCGCGGCGACGCGUUGUAUUACGAGGUUCUCGAAACAAGUCUGGCUGAUUACGAGACCAAAAAGAUCAUGAAAGUGAUCUGGCUAAGUGAUGGAAUCAGUAAAGAGGAACCACUGGAAAUACUCGUCGCUAAGAACGGCAUCAUCGGAGAUUUGGUUGCCGGCAUUGCCAAGAAGCUCAACCUGGACGAACAGACCGCUCGCAAUAUACGGGUGCUCGAAGUCCACGGCGGCAAAAUCCACAAAGAACUGAUCGAGGAUUUCAACGUGGUUGGAGUUAAUGAGUUCACCACGUUGUAUGCUGAGAAAAUCCCCGACGAAGAGCUGAAUGCUUCCGAGGAUGACCGGUUCAUUUAUUGUUACCACUUCGACAAAGAGGCCAAUAAACCCCAUGGUGUCCCCUUCAAGUUCAUGCUCAAACCAGGUGAACCUCUCAAGGAGACGAAGGAACGCAUCAGCAAGAGAACGGGUAUCAAGGGCAAGUUGUUGCAGCAAAUCAAGUUUGCACUCGUCUCUCGGACGCUUUAUGCGAAGCCGAGAUACAUUGAAGAUGACGAUAUCAUUGUCGAUCUUAUCCAGGACGGAGAUGAGAUGCUCGGCUUGGAUCAUGUGAACAAGGCGCGCAAUUUCUGGGGCAGAGCCGAGGGGAUGUUCAUUCGGUAG